GCGUUCACUGGUUCUUGUUCUAGCGACCAUCGCACACAGCCAACGUACCUUAUCCAUUUCUAUCCAUCUCUCCAGGUCAGCCAUGGCCGCACUCAUACUCGGAGCUCCUGCAAUCGCUCCUCAAUCACUAAAUCUCUCUUCUCGCUUUUCAUUUUCUCAAUCCGAAACCCUCGCCGUUUCUUUCGACACUCGUUUCGUUUCACUCUCAAUUUCUGCAACUUCUCCUCCACCAAUCCCUUCUGUGUACUGUGGCAGAGGUGAUAAGAAGACUGCAAAAGGAAAGCGGUUCAAUCACUCCUUUGGAAAUGCAAGGCCUCGGAACAAGAAGAAAGGGAGAGGUCCUCCUAGGGCACCGAUACCGCCUUCUCCCCCAAAGAAGGAUCGCUUCGAAGAUGAUGAGGUUGUCAAAAUUGAGAUUGAUGAAUCUCUGUUCAAUUGAUGUGAUUUCUGAAUCUUGGACUGCUCUUCUUGUAAUCACAUUUUGAUGGUCAAUUUCACUUUUCUUUCCUGUUGUAUUGCUUGUGAUACUUCUAUUUGUUUUCUCUUAUUAGACUUCAUUUAAUUUAAAUGAGUAUUGAUCAUAAGUCCUUGUUCAGAGAA